AUGGGAGAAGUACAGAAAUAUAUCCAUCCAAUUACGAUUGAGGCAAAACUCUUUGCCGAAAAUAUGAACAAAUUAUGUUCGACCCCAGACUUCUAUGUUAUAGAUCCGCAACUAGCCGAAGCAUUGGAAAAUGUCAUGACCAGCAUAAAUAAUUUCUUAGAGAAAACCACAAAGGAAAUUAUACCCACCGAAAAUACCAAACUUGUAGAGGUGGAAAAAAUUCAAAAACUUCAACGUUUAUACCUAUGCCAGUUGUGUCGCAGAGAUUUGGGUGGCCAACCCACUAAUGUGGCACUGCAUUUAACUGAAGAAUGUAUGGUGGUGGAAAAUGGACGUAACGUUCCUGCUGCAGUAAUCUCCAAGGAAGAUCGUAAGAAAAAGAAGGAAGAACGCAAAGAGAAAAAGGCAAAACGUAAGGAGGAUCGUCUGCAGAAGGCUGUGGUCUUGAAGAAGAAGGCCCGUUUCUUCCAUGCCUCAGAUCAAAUUGCCGCCUAUCGACAACUAACAACAGCCAUACAAAUUGGUGAUAAACUUAAAUGUAUACCCGAUUAUGAGGACAUUGAAAAGGAUCUAUUGGACUUAAUUAUACCACUGUUUCCCAAUCAAACGAUUAAAAUCUAUAAAUUUGGUUCCCGAAUAUCGGGCAUUGGUACACGUGAUUCCGAUCUGCAUCUGUUCAUAGACAUUGGUGACACCUUUAAAAUCUAUCACAAUCGUGCCGAUCAAGCAACUAUAGACAAAUUGAAUAAAGUACGCAAGGCGCUUAAGAAUCACAAACAAUCGUGGAAGGGUCUGGUGGCCGUGGAAAAGGCUCGUGUACCCAUAUUAAAAGUAAUACAUGGUUCAACAAGUAUUGAAUGUGUUAUAAAUUUCUCAAAUAGUUUGGGCCACAUCAAUACCCAACUUAUGGAGUAUUUAUUUGGUUUGCAGCCAAUUGCUCGAAUACUUUGUAUUUAUAUGAAAAAAUGGUUGCAUUUAAUUAGCAUGAGAACUGAAUUCAAUACCUAUACCCUCAACUUAAUGGUGAUUUUCUAUUUACAAACAUUGAAACAUUUACCUCCACUUUCGAUACUAUUUGACAAGGUUGAUACCUCAACGGCUCUAUUUGUUGGACGUAAUAAAUUAAUAAAAUUGAUUGCAGGAUUUUUUGAAUAUUACAAGAAUUUUGAUUACAAGAAAUAUAUAGUUUGCCCCUACAAAGGUGAACUGGUAGAACGCAGAAAAUUCAAUAAGUUUAUGCCGGAUAGGUAUAUAAAUCAUGAAAUUGCAUUGAACAAACCAAUGAUUAUUCAAGAUCCAAUCCAGCUCAAUCACAAUAUAACAAAGGGCAUUAGUAUCUUUACCGUGGAAGUAUUCCGGGAAUUUAUGUCGAAAUCUUUGCAAAUCAUUUUACAAAACAAAAAAAUGCAUAUGUAUGGGAGACUGCGGUACCUUCGGCGUCUUCUGUAA